GUAAUAUGGGAAAACCACACUGAAAAUUAUUGUUUAAAGAAAAGAUUACUUUAUACGAAUUAUGAUGUUUAAACCUAUUUGCCAUAAUGUAAUAAAAGGAAACAGUUUAAAUGUAUAUGUAUCAUUUCAAUGCAGUUCUUACGUAUUACACAACUAUGAACACAUAAAGAUAAUUAAUUAUCUUAUUUGAAAUCUACACAAUACAGGAAACAAGGCCGUUUAUAUAAAGGUGUUGAAACUAUGGGAUAGUAUUAAGUUAUUCAAUUACUUCAAAGAUGGACUCAAUAAUGGACGCCGUCCAGGAAAUGAAUAGGCAACAGACAACUGUAUGGCAACGUCUAAAUUCAAAAACCUUAGUUGAGAAUUCCAAGCAAACCAUCAGACGACUGGAAAAUCUGGAAGAACAUGUACAAAACUUAGAGACACAGUGCAAUAACAAUUCUACCAAACUUACCGAUAUUAAUCUACUAGUUCAUUCUUUGUUAGAAAUGGUAAAUAAAUUCGCUGUUGCAGUGGAAAACCUUCAAGAUAACAAAACCUCAGAAAAGAUAAGCGAUUUAUUAAAUACAGCAAAUAAAAGUGAUAAUCCAAAUAUCAAUCAUGCUUCAACUACUUCUUUACAAAGCAUCAGAAUACCCCCAACGACCCGUAUUGAGCUUAAUUCUGAAGACAAAGAUGAAAACAGUAAGAAUGUCAAAAUAGAUCAGCAUAUUCAUAAUAUGGAUUCAACACACACAAUAAACUCCGACAAAUAUAAGACAAUGUGUCCAUAUAAAACAGAUUUAUCGUUAGAUGUUUACAACGUGUCAUUUUGUAGAGAUUUUCCGAAAAAUAGCCAUAAAGAUGAUAGUGACUUUAUAACUGAUGCUGAAGAACCUCUUUGCAGAACUGACAAUAAUGAUAAAUUUGCAUGUAAUGAAGAAGAAAAUCUAAUACACAAAAACAUAAGUAUUCAGGCUAUUGACAACAGACAGCUUUUAACAAGCAACAUGAAUAUACAAAAACCGAAUAAGAGGUGCACGAAAAAUAAAUUUGGAUAUAAAUGUACACGUUUAGAUUUACAAAGUGAUAACCGUCUUAGCUUUCAUAACAGUUUAGAAAGUUUUGAGGGUAACGUUUUUUCAUCUCCCGUUUUUCGAGUUCCAGUGGAAUUGUCACCAGUACCUAACAUUAAACAAAAUGAAACAACACACAUUGCCAUGUCACUGAAUAGCGGUUUAAAUGAAAAAGACGACGAAGAUAAUAGUCAAUUUAUCACUGAUCGUCAAGAGGAUCAAUAUUGUUUAAGAAAUAGAUCUGACGAUAAUGUAAGACUGAGCGAACCAAAUAUACCACAAAGGAACGAUAGAUGUACAAACAAUGACUUUGGAUUCAAAACCACGAGAUCAGAGACACAGUAUGAUAACCGUGUAAGAUUUUAUAGUAGUUCAGCAUGUUUUGAAGGUUGUGAAAUUUCUUCUUCAAAAAUUGAAGUUCCAAUAGAAAAUAUACCAGUACCCAAUAUCGAGCAACAACCUUUCAUUCAUGACAAAAGUCCAAAGGUGACAUCGUCGGAAACAUGGGAGAGUCAACCACAGACACAAACUGAUCUUCAUGAGGACUCCGGGGUGGAAUGCAACGCAGGUUUUGGCGAAAUGAAACAGCUUCGGACAAUAAGAGACUGGUUAGGACAUCUUCAGCAGAUUCUUGCAUUCAAUGGAUACAAACAAAAUUCCUCUUUUAUUAAACGUGGAGGAGGACGACACAUUACGCUGGUAUUAGAUAUUUCUGAACGAAUGAAAGGACGAAAAUUUGAAGCCAUGAAAACGGCUGCUGUUCAGUAUAUUGAAGGUAUUAGACAAGUUGCAAUGCUGGGGAUGGCCGAUAAUAUUGGUCUUGCUGUUUUUGGUGGGCAGAGUCGACUCAUUCAAGAGACAACUAAUGAUUACAGUUUGAUAUUGGAACAUAUAGGCCAACUACAUCCCAUGGGAAAUGCACCCAUUAUUGGAGGACUGUUAAUGGGACUAGCUGGAGUUUUAUCAGGUCCAGUGGGUCGAAUUGGGGAUAAUUCACUGCAGGGGCAUAUGAUAAUUUUCACGGAUGAAACUUCAGGGCAUGUUUUACCAGAGUACGAUACAGAAAUUGGUAUCAGGUGUUCCUUUGAAUUUGGAAACUUUCGCGGUCUUCCAGAGACUGGUAGCAUACAACAGAUGAUAACUAGCACUCAUACUAAAGUAUAUUAUGUUCCUGUAGGAGAUGGCAAAACUAAUCCUAUUUUGGAAGAAACAGUAAGACAGACACAUGGUAAAGUUAUACAAACCAGUGAAAUGCAUCGUUUAAUCAGAAUGACUCAAGUCAUCGGAUUGGCUUCACGUAUUGCUUCAGAGAUAAGGUAUUGUCCACAAGAACAGACCAGAGAAGUCAUCAAAAGAAAAAUUAGAAUGGCAUCAAGUCAUGACGAUUCACAUGAUGAUUGUUCAGAUAUGGUUAUGGAUUUUCUGAACCCUUUGAAUAUGGAAAAUGGUCAAGGGAAGUUUGUUGAACUGAGCUCAACUACUUUACAACUAGGUGACAGGGUACGUCGGGGACCUGAUUGGUCGUUUGGUGAUCAAGAUCGUAAUCUUCCUGGAACUGUUGUUGGGCAAGACGAAAAUUGUAUUAUAUGGGUAGAAUGGGAUCAUGGCCAAACAAAUGUAUACGCAUAUGAUGAACAAAGACACAUUUAUAAAAUUAUCAAAGUGAAUGAACCUAGGAUACUUGUUGAUGAGAUGAUCGCUGUUGGAUGUAGAGUUGUAAGAGGACAAGAUUGGAGGUUUGGAGAUACUGAUGGUGGACCAGGUAGUAUAGGAACUGUUUUAGAUGUAAGAAGAGAUGGAAAAGUUGUGGUUAGAUGGGACUGUAAACGAACAGGCCUGUAUAAAAUGAGGCAUAAAGGGCGAUUCGAAAUUCGGUUGAAAGAUGACAAGACCAAAACUAGUCGACAAACCAAGACCAGAACGUACAGACGUCGAUCAAUGUCUGACGAGGAAGAUGAAUAUGUAUCUGAUGCAACCACUACUACAUCUACAAAACACGCUAGUGACUACGUCAUUCCUAUUUAUUCAGAUUCAACAGUAAGCGCUAUUUGGGAGUAUAAAGACGGUUCUGAUUGGAAGGAGUAUCCUGAUGAUAUAAAUGUAAAAAUAGAAAGGGCUUACCAGAGAAAACAAAGGAAAACCAUUAUCGAAAUGGAUCGUACUACGUUUGAAGUACAUUUUUCUGAAAUGGAACAGGAAAACCCCAGAAACAAGACAAAAGUAACAGUAAGAAGAAGAGAUUAAUGAUAGCUGAUGGAAAUUUUCAGUGUUGACACUAGUCUUUUGGAUAAAGACAACCUAGAGGCAGUUAAUCUUGGAACUUUAGUGUUUAUCGUAUCUGUCUCGUCCAUGUGUCUGUUCUUUGGGCAAACAAAAUAUACUAACAUGAAGAUCACCUCACUCAAUUCAAUAAUAUCAGCACAGUGGGAUUAAUUAAGGAAGAGCCAAAAAAAGUGUGUUUAAACAAUUUUGACCAACGAUAUAUCAGUUUGAUACAUAUAGUUCAAACCACCUUAUCCUCUUUCAUCAGAAUUAUUAAGUCAUUAAAAAUUUUUUUAAAAAGAAACAGAUACUAUAGUAAAAUGAAAGUGUUGACCAGGUCUAGUGAUAUAUCCGACUUUCUGAUACCCAAUACUUUGGCCAUAUAUUUAACAAGGUCUGUUUUGGCUUCUCCGUCCACUGCUGGGGCAGAUAUUUGAACGCAGGGUCGGAUCCAGGAUUUAAGGUUAGGGGGGCGCAAACUUAAAUUUUCGCGGAGUGGAGCAAUGUUAAAAUUUCUUUGAGGUAAAAUUAACGAAAUAUUCUUUAUUAAACUGAUGACAACACAUGCCCUGCAAAUUUUAGGGUGUCGCACGCCCGCCACGCUCCAGCCUGAAUCCCCCCGGAACGCCUACACCGUCGUCUUCAUAACCUUCAAAAUAGCAUGUCAUGUUAAUGUAAGUUAGUUCUUAACUAUCAGUAACGGCGUCCUUUAACUUGGUUUUCUGAAACACAGUAACUAAUUUUGCAUGAUACGGAAUUAAUUUCUUGGUAUAAAUAGGUUUUAAAACAUGUUUAUCCCCGCCUCAUUUUUGCGCCUAUCCCAAGUCAGAAGCCUUUGGCCUUUGUUAGUCUUGUAUGAUUUUUAAUUUUAGUUUCUUUUAUAUAUUUCGGAGUUUAGUAUGACGUCCAUUAUUACUGAACUAGUACAUAUUUUUGUUUAUGGGCCAGCUGUAGCCUCGGGGUGCGGGAUUUUCUCGCUGUAUUGAAGACCCAUUGGUGGCCUUCGGCUGUUUUCUGCUCUUUGGUCGGGUUGUUGUCUCUUUGACACAUUCCCCAUUUCCAUACUCAAUUUUAUUUGAAUCAGGUAAGUUUAGUGAAAUUUGAUUAAGAAAAGAAAAAUAAAUUAUGUUUACCUGUGAUAAAAUUGUCUUUAGCACCAGGUUUGGCUAAAAUUUUGAUUGAUACAGAUUUGCCAGGCUUCAUAAUCACAGGCCCUUCGUCUGUAGGUUGUACAUCUGCUUUCUGAAAUGAAAUGUCAAGCACAUAUAAAAAAAACAUUAGAAAUGUACAAACAAAUGCCUGAAUUCCAACAAAAAUCUAUUUACAAAAAGUCAUGUACUUUAAAUAAGAAAAAAUAAGUAUUUGAUAUUAUGUGCCAUUAGAAAAGAGACAUGAAACUGAUACAAGGGAAAUAUUACAGUGUAAAAUAUUUAUUGCUUUAGAUUGCUUUAGAGCAUCUUUUUGUAUUCUAACUUAUACAUACAUUAUCAAUUGUUUCAUAUUGUUGCUGCUGUACACCUUUAUACAAAUACAUGCAGCAUAUUUAUGUUUUGAAUAAGGCGAUGGCAAUGUAAUUAUGAUACAAUGUGAUGAAAGAAACUAUUUGAUACAAUCCAAUAGUAAAUAAAAUGUGUUUAAAUGAAACGGUU